AUGUCGUCGCUAGCCGGCAGCAGACCGCAAGCUCGUCGCUCGGACACGACGCAACCACGACAGCCACUGCACGAGACACCGGUGCGUUCGACGGUGUUCCAGAGCCUACUCGAGUGCGUGCCAGAGAGCACUUGGUCCGUGGAACUCGCCCGUCUUUGUGAUGAGCUUUCCACAGAAGAACCUUGUGACCUGACAGGGCCUUUGGACCAGACAGAAGCAGCGGUUUCACCGCGCACGCAGGCUGAGCACAGCGAGCCGCGCUCCGCAGACCUCCACAGCUUCACCAGCGAGACGCUGGAAAGCUUCCUCACCAAGCUCAAUACAAGCGUCAAAGUAUUAGAAGACGACUGGCUAUGCCCUGCGACGGAGCUCGGGGACUCGCUUCAAGUAGCCGCUGAGGCAUUCCAGCGCCUUCGAGCGAACACAGCGCGAUGGUUCCUCGGAAGCGCCGUUCCGGACCAGGCGCUCGGGUCUGCUGUACGAAGGUUGCUCCGCCUGUAUGCAAUUGCAAAACAGGCGCACGGAUACUUUGAGCACCUCGGUGUGCUCAGCGAGGAAGCAGAUACGCUUGAUCGGGCGCUUGCAGAAGGCAGCAUCGACUUGCGAAGCGCAUGGGAGAUUUGGGAACGGCUCCACCGGGAGAAAGAACUGCUCGCCGAAGAAUUGGCGAUUGAAUGUGAGUUUUCAACGGUAUCGUGCUCAGCGCCAACGAAUGAAACGGAAAGUGAGCGGGAGCAGCUCCAAACGGUGCUGACACAAAGGUGCGAGAAGCGAAUCGCAGCGAGGAUACAGCAGGCGUGCCGCUGGCGGCUGCGAGAUCUGGUCCCCAGCCUAGAGCAGCAUCCGGAAGAUAUUCACGUGAUUGUCGCGAUUUUCAAGGAGGAACCUCAAUUGCUCGCUCACCUGUUUCCCGACGUGAUCCGAGAGGCCAUCAGCCGGCGAGCUGAUCAUCACGAGCGAUCCAUCGUUGGUGCAGCGUCGGAAGCGGAGCACGCUGCGGAGACCGGCGCUCCUGAGCGUUCGCCAGGCGCGCACUGGCUGCGGGAGGUGCUCGCUGACCUGGAUGCAAGGAACACCUCGGAGCAGAAUGCGAGCCCAGAACGGAGCGCGCCUAGCCGCGCAGAAGAAUAUGGCACCGCCGCCGCUGCCGUCGCAUCGAAAGCGCAAACAUCAGAGUCGGCAAGCAGGUUGUCUCUCGAGUCGGUCUCGCGGGAACCGGAAGAGCCGCAAUUCGUUGCUCGAAUGCUUCAGCGAUGCGAGCUCCUCAUUGAAGACAUACGGAUCGUGCAGAAGCAUGUCGCAGCGUUGGGGGAACCAGCAUUUCCGCUGGAUCGCUGGUACGCCCUGGAAACGAACCAAAUCAUGAACGCAGUCUUCUGGGGCAUCAUUACUCGCGCAAGUCUGAUCCCGAGCAGAGAUAUCCUGGACCUGCUGGGGUGGAUUCAUCGCUAUCGCGACUUUCUCCAACAAACCUUUCCCAUGCUUGACCCCGAGGGCUCUGCGUCGCCAGCCGGGGCACUGGUCUGGGAUCGCACCCACCAGGAGACACUAGUGCGCGGCCUGGACAUGCCCGCUGAGCGACUUAUCGAAGGCUAUGCGGCACGUGCACUCGAAAUGAUGCGUCGAUGGAUUCGUAACUGUAUCAAGGUGGACACCGAGGGUCCAGUCGAUGUUCGUGAUGACGAUGGAUCGCUUUACACGCAAGGCCCGUUGGAUGUCUUCCGCAUCGUGAACGACGAAAUGACCAUCGUGCAGGAGCGCCUCGAGCUGGGCAACCCACGCUUUGUUCAAUGCAUCAGCGAUGCGUGCUGUGCGGCUCUGCUCGAUUACCGCACCUGGUCUCUGGAUGCACUUGAAGGCACGGAAUCAGAAGACGGCGCACUCGAGAGAUUUUGCGCAACGGUGAAUAACCAUCGACGCUGCGAGUCGCUGGCGGCGCAGUUUGCAACGCGGUGUCACACGAUCCUAAACCAGGCGGUUUACGGCCUCGGCGACUGGGAACGGGAAACGAGCGCGACGCCCCAGACACCGACACAGGUGCCUGGUCCGUCGCCAGGUACCGCUUGUGCUCGCGAGUCAGAGGCACUGAACGAGACGACCUAUGUGCUGGCAGUGGACAACCUCGCCGCUCAGUUUGCAGUCUCAGCCGAGUUUGCAGCAACGCGCGUCUGCAACGUCAUUUUCGAGGAUAUGGACGAUGCCCCUGGUUUAUGGCCAAGACUGUACACACCAGCGUGGAUCUCGGGCGAAGAAGAGAUCGCCAAUAGCAUUGUGGCUACUGUAGACGACUUUUUCCACGACAUCGACACGUACCUGCGCGUGGAGGUUGAUCGUGCGCUGGUCGGGAGCGAAUGCGCCACCCGCGUUGCCGAUCGCUACGCAGCGGCGCUGGCAAGCUACCUGGGUGCCACGGGGGCUGCGCCCGAGGUCGGCGACGCCCAGCGUGCAUCGCCAGAGGCGCUGGAUCCAGCGGGCGCCACCCCGCCGCUCCUUGGUCCAAGAUCGCGCGAUCGCAUCGCGCAGCGCAUCGCUGGUGGAAGCUCCAGCCGCCUGCUCCAGGUGCGUGCCGCCGGCUCCGAGGAUGCGCGUCAGGGCAGGCGAUUUCGUGACGCGCACCCAGUCGCCAACCUCGAUCGGCGCAUGGUCGAGCGACUGCGCAAAGACUACGGGAUCCUGGCGGCGCACUUUUUACACGCACGUCGUGGCGGCUCGCACGCACGAGUGGUGCGUGCACUCGCUGCGAUCGACGCGAUCGCUGAUAUGCUGGCGGCUGCAUUCGCGAACAACGCGGAUGCGGUUAGCGUACAUUUCAGUCAUCUGUUGGAUGCGCGACUGAGUCGACACACCUUGUACUUAUGGCAGCCGAGUACCGUAGAGCGCUUGCUGGUUGCAGUCGCCGAGGCAACGGAACGGACGAAUGCGCUGGAUACCUGGAAGGAGGCAGUAGCAGCGUGCAGGCGCGCGUGGAGUGCCCGUGAGCAGCGUGACUGGGGCGAGCAGCCAGUGAGCUCGUGA